ACAAUACAAGUCACCGUGUUGCCAUUGCAUAGCAUGGAAUUAAACCUUCUUCAGUGUAUAUGAUGUUUUGUGUUUUCUAGGUUAGGAUUUAGAAUUAUUUUGAUAUGUGAUGAAAAAUAUAACUUAUCUUUACCCUUACCUGAGUAAUUGUACACAUAAUGGAAAGCUAUUGAUUGGCUUAUCAAGCUUAUCAGUACCUCACUUGAAGUUAUCGCAAGUGGUUAGUAUUUAUUUCCAUUUCAGACUUUGCUAGAGAAUUGUUCGCAUUACAUUAAUUUUAGGCAAGAAGAAAGCCAAAAAUGCAAGCGAAGCCGACAACCAAUCUUCUGAAACAGCUCAGGGCUUUAAUGAAAGACCCGCAAUAUGUUUCAGAACCCAUUAACGCUUACAUUGUCCCUUCUGAAGAUGCUCACUUUAGUGAGUACAUAGCCCCAUGUGAUGAGUAUAGGGCAUUCAUAUCAGGUUUUAAUGGCUCGUGGGGCACUGCAUUGAUAACUGAAAAAGAGGCAUUGUUGUGGACUGACGGAAGGUAUUACCAGCAGGCUAGUAUGCAGAUGGAUAGCAAUUGGAUGCUGAUGAAGGAAGGAGUGCCAGAAAUACCAAAUUUGAGUGAAUGGCUAGCAAAAAACCUGCCACCAGGCUCUAAAGUAGGUCUUGACCCCAGGCGGUAUGACUUCAACCACUACAGUGCCUUAAACACUUGUCUUGAGAAUGCAGAUAAAAAAAUUGUGUUUAUGAACAAGAACCUCAUAGAAGUCAUAUGGAAAGAUAGACCAUUUCGCCCAGAAAAUCCUGUCACUCCUCUGCCCUACGAAACCACUGGAAGCACUGUCAAAGAUAAGUUCCUUCUAGUCAACGAGCAAAUGAAGGAAAAAAAUGCUAAACAUCUUGUGGUGAGCGCUCUGGACGAGGUAGCGUACUUCUUGAACUUGCGUGGAUCGGACAUUGAGUACAAUCCGGUGUUUUUCGCCUAUUUGAUUAUCUCCACAGACACUUUUACAUUAUUUAUCAACCAAAAGCAAAUUUCUGAUAAUGUAACUAAGCACCUGUCUUCGGAGUUUGAAGGGCAGUAUGUUAUCAAGGAUUAUGAAGAGAUAGACAACCAUUUGAACGCUCUGGCGAAUGAGAAGGAUGGAUUAGUGUGGUUUGCAGGAUCAUCGAAUGUCGCCUUGGUUACAUCUAUACCGAAAAAGAAUCGUGUGAUAACCGAUUUCACGCCCAUUUGCAUGAUGAAAGCAAUUAAGAAUCCUGUAGAGUCACGAGGUAUGAGAAACGCCCAUAUCAAGGACGCUGCAGCGUUAUGCUGCUACUUUGCUUGGCUGGAUAAAAACGUAGGGAAAAUGAAAAUCACAGAAAUAUCCGGCGCCACUAAGCUACGAGAAUUUAGGAAGAUGCAAAAAGACUUCGUCGGCGAUAGUUUUGCUACGAUCAGCUCUGUAGGAGCGCAUGGUGCAAUAAUUCAUUAUCAACCGCAACCAUCUACUGAUGUUGAAAUUGUUGUUGACCAAAUGUAUUUGUGCGAUUCAGGUGGUCAGUACAGGGACGGAACCACAGAUGUCACACGAACACUGUAUUUUGGCAUUCCUACCAAAUUUCAGAAAGAUUGCUAUACUAGAGUACUAAAAGGUAACUUUAAACGUCCAAAGAAGAGGUAUACAGAGAGAGGACACUGCGCGAAAUAUACAGGGUGUCCAGAAGGUUGGGAGUUUUCUUUUCAGAAACAACUACGUCUGAAGUAAUAAUGCCAAUUUGCGGUAAAACAGCAGCGAAACUAUAAAUAAGAAAUUGAAUAAAAAUGCUUACUAUUCAUGUGACAAGUAAUUUCAAGUACUGCCCUAUCACGGCUUUUGUUUGUAAAUACUGCUUGAAGUUCUCGUCUGUCGAUUCAAAAACACGAGUACUUCUUUCUAAAUUUGCAACAUUUGAGGCUGUAUAGGUUUUCUACUGUGUCUACCCAGACGACUUUUGUACGAUAUAAAUAUCAUCACGGACGUGUGCAGAUAGAUUUCUACACAGCUCUGUUGGAAACAUCAAUGACGACGUUCUGAAUACACUCGCGAGGUAUCAGUAGGAUCUUGAUUACGCUCACAGUAAACUAUCAUUAAAUCGAUAAGUACGUUAUUGUUGCAGGAAUGUGCCGAUUUCGAUUAUUCAAAUACGAUUUGUAAAUAAACUAGGUUAACCUACACACCACGCGGCGUUUGAUUGGGAUAAUGACUCGCCUCGUACAACAAAAUAUAUCGUACUUUUUGCAUAGGAGGCAGGGUCGGGUAGGCCCAUUAGAUUUUCGGAACUUUCGAAUAUUUCGAUUAUUUUAAAGCUUUGAUGUAUGUGUUACAAAGAAGAUUGUUAUUGUUGCAUAACCCAUAUGCUCUGUAAAGUCUCAUUUUUUAGGACACCCUGUAGUUAUAUUGAAGUGAUCGCAGUAACACAGUUGUAUUAUUAUUGCGCAUUAGUUUGUAGAAAAUAUGUUGCACACUUUUGGUAGACAUUUGAAAAGUUGGGGCGUGAAAAGUUUGUCCAAGAGGAGCUUUGACGUAUUUUGAUUUCCGAAGUAACUUAGGUACCUAUUUGACUCAGCUCGCACUUUAACAGCUUUAUUUGCUAAACUGCGAUCUAAGAUAACUAAGAUUCUAAGAAUGCUAUUUACUGGUUGACGGCAAAGAAUUAUCAAAAUACCUGUGAUUGAGAUUGAUACACUUGCAUAAAUAUUUUUCAUCGUGCACAUUGGGAAAAAAUAUAUAUUUGGUAACUGUCAUCUUACUCCUUUAAAUUGGUUUGGCCAGUCUAUCUAAUUUUAUUCACCUUGUCUAACUGCCUCCCCUUGAUAUGCCUCCUCUUUCCUUAGACUAAAGCUAUAUGAUGCCCUGAAGAAGUGUCUACAUUGUUGUGCUUUCCAUUUUCAUUUCGCUUUCAACUUCAGUUACGUCUUUCUGUAACUCCCGCAUUUCAUCGUUUUCGGCACGGGUAUUAUGUAAAAAACCUAUAAAACGUAAAAAAAACUCCUAUAAAAUGUCAUCUUGCAGACUAGGUAGUUUUUAGGGUGCAAACAGUCUUUCCACGUUUGCUCACUAGAAUCGUUGUGAGCGUCCAUCUAUGGAGGAAUGGCUCAACUACACGCAUUGUUGGUUGCAUACGUUUUGUGAAGUCGAAUAGUCUAAAGUUUUCAUCUCUGAGAAGAAAGUUUGUUGGAUAGCAAGAUCGCAUCUGGAUGAUUGUGUGUAUUGGCCUUCAUGUGUAUAAAAUCAGUGAUAUUUGCUUUGUGAGAAAAUGAUUACUGUAUAUGCUGCCAAUGAAGUAUAUCUAUUAGCUGUGCCCGUCGGGUUAUUUAUAUAUUGUCGUUUCUGAAGACAGGUUAUGUUCAAAGUUAUAAAUUACGUUUUUUACGUUUUCUUGCGUUUUCAAAAACUUUGAGAAGAAUCACGAGAUAUCACCACCGCGCCCGCGUUGUGUGUUCUUACUUAGCAUGUAUAUGACUUGUAAUUCGACAGCAUACAGAGAAUAUAAUUAUUUCUCAUCUCUCUUAUUUUUGAAAUUCCGCAAAUUUGCAUAUGUAAUUUCCAGAAUGGUUAGGAAAAAGUAGAUGCGCAACUAAUUUCUAGCUUUGAAUCCAAAGUAAGUGUAUUUGAGGAAAGAAUCCAGUGGAAUUAUCAUUAACACGAUAUUAUUAGCACACAAAUCCUCACUAUGCACCUAUACAUUGCCGCUACCUCCAGCAAUGCCAUCUCUGAAGCAGAUUUUACAUUACAUCAGAGCCAAACAUUUAUAACUGAGGCCUAAUGACGUUUAAACAAUACGUACAACUACAAAGCGAGUUGACAACGUGUCGAUCAGCUAGUGCCAAGUUAACAUCUUGUAGAAAAACCUUCAUAAUGUCACAAAAAACUAAUAUAAUAUCAAAAAAAAAAUAGACAUGUCACUUUUGAAGAUAAGUAAUUCCCGGGCGGGUUAGUGAAUAAAAAAACACUAUCAAAUUCUGUCAACUUCACACGGAUACAUUCACUGUACACUCUAAGGUAAAAGAAAAGGUUUACGAGUGUGGACAUUCCUUUGAGAAUAGGCAACAGUUCUUCCUGAUACAUUGCAAAUAUAAAUCUGCCAUUCAAAUGAGUUGUGAUUUUACCAAGUCGGUGCUCAAACCAGCACGUGGAACACCAAUUCAACCAAUAAGAACGCGUCUCUCAAGUAAUGGAUCUAAUGAAUAUUGUCGAUUUCUUCUAAGAUGUCAAUCAAACUAGAGACAAAUUAUACGCUUUGUUUAAGAUGGGUCCCUAAUUCCGAUAUUAAUUCAAGAAAUGCGUCAUAAAUCACUUGGUUUAGCUACAAAACCUUAUUAUUUCAUUCGAGUCUGAAAAAUAAGCAUUUGCGCCAUACAUGGGCGCAUGGACACAAAUCUGAUACAAUAUCUAGAUUAAUAUAACAGCAGUUAAACUUGCAUUUUAUUGAAAAAAUUGUAUCUCACUGUUCUUAUACAAAAUUCUGCUCGAAACAUUCUUUACAAAAUACUUAUUCUUUAAAAAACAUCUAGUAGUCAAUUUAUUCACCGUUAACAGAAACAUGUCGCGCACUCUACUGGACAGUAGAACUAGUACAUAACUACGCUGACAUCUGUAUGCAUGGAGACGGUUAAGAAAACAUACUAGACAGUUGUAUACUAAGUCAAUGAACUUAAUUGUCCCAUAUACAGUCUUUGUCCUGCAUACAUCAUAAUACAUACAUUUAACAUUACAUGCCAAAGUUCAUUUCUUACAAAUAUUAUUAUUCUAUCCUUACAGAGUUUAUACGUAUCUCCAAGCUGGUCUAACUCAAGCUGAUUUAACCUAAGCCGCAUUCACUUCCCAUUUGCACUCGAUAUAGUCUGGUUUCUGGUUUCUGACAUUUGACGUCUAUUGGGAUGAACAUCUGAACAGCAAGGGAUAUCCUUGCCCUAAGUUUCUACUGUUAGCAGUAAUCAAUAUGGACCAUAUUCAGAACUAUUUGCAUCUAACACCGAUGAAAAUGUACAUUCACCUACAUAUCUUCACUGACUGAAAAGCGAUUUUCUAAAAUUGUAUGUCACCUAUGUACACGAACUAGAAGAUAUUUCCGAUUCAUUAGCGGGAGGUAGGAUAAAGCGGUUGAUUAUUUCAACAUGCGAUUUAGUUAAACCAGUUUGAAGUAAAUCGGCUUGAGACGAACCUGUAAACUUACUGUAUAUUGACUUUAUUUAUCAUAUUCCAGGACAGCUAAAACUGGGUAGACUAAUCUUUCCAAGGAAGUUAUUAUGUAAUCAUUUGGACUCAUUUGCCAGACAGUUCCUUUGGCAAUCAGGACUUGACUAUGCUCAUGGCACAGGUCAUGGUGUUGGAGCCUUCCUGAACGUUCACGAAGGGCCCAUACGUAUGUCUUGGAGACCAAUUCCAGCUGAUCCUGGUUUAGAAGCUGGCAUGUUCAUAUCGAACGAACCGGGGUACUACCAAGAGGGAGAAUUCGGAAUGAGGAUAGAAGAUAUCAUGGAGGUUGUUAACGCUCAGACGCCACACAACUUCAGCGACAGGGGCUUUUUGACGUUUGAGACUGUCACACUGGUUCCGAAGAUGAAGAAGCUGAUCGAGGUUGACAUGUUGACUGAUGAAGAUAUUGAAUGUCUGAAUAGAUAUCACGCGACCUGCAGGAAGGUGAUUGCGUCUUUGCUAGAUGAAUUAGCUCAGCCUGAGGCUAAAGCGUGGCUUAUACGGGAGACUGAGCCGUUACGAAGAUGAUAAAAAUGCUAUAAAAUGUACAUGCUGUGAACAUUGUUUAUGAAUAAAAUUGCUGAAACCGAAAUUGGUGUUCAUUGGUUUUUAACUUAUAGUCAUCUCCACACCCGUGCGCUUUUCCGUUUCCCCUCACAUUGUAUAUAGGGUGUCGCAUAAGUCGACGUCAAGCCGGAAACGGGAGAUAGGAAGUCAUAAACGUUAUCAGAAAAAUAUAAAAAGAUCGAAGUCGUCUACUUUUCAAAUUAUAGGCUUAUUAAAAUCCACAUCCUGUGAUCUGUUAGUUCUGGUUACUACAAAUUUCAAUUUGAGCAACGGGAGUGUCAUUCUAAGUUGUGACAGCAAGACAGUAACGCCACUCUUAUUAAUUCAUGAUUGUGUAGUGCCACCAUGUUUGUGUAUACCGUACAGGAAUACGCCAACACGCAAAUAAUUUGUGAGGAAUGUUUAUGUGCUGCAGCUAGGCUCGUCAUCCCGAGCACAGAAUUUC